GUGAGACUCUCAGACAAUCUGCAAGUUCGCAGGGGGCGGCGCAUCAAAACUCGCAGCCCUCGUCUAGCGCCUUGCAACAGAAUGGUUCCAGAACAGAUGCCAGACGCCGCGAUGGUGAGUGAGCAAUCAAGGCCACAGCACGUAACAAGAACUUAUCAACUCUUCUCAGGCUGCUAUACUUACAAGGAAUGUAAAAAGAAAUGCGACGGCGUAUACACAUUCCACGAAGUAAGCGGCACCCGAAAAUGCAGCACGUGUAUUCGUGUUGGUAUUUGUUGUGAUUUGACAGAGCCUGAAUGGGCACACGAUCCGAUCCAGAGAGAGAUGUACCAGCGGCAGCGAAUGGCCCUUGUGAAGUUGGGGAAGAGGAAGUCGAGGGGCGAGUCAGAAUCGUGGGGAGCUGCAACGCGAGACCAAUCAGUGAUGGUUGGCGUAGCUGGUGGACGUCAACCGAAAGUUUAUCGUUCCAUCGAGACACCUGUGAUGACUCUCGGUGGCGACCCGGAAUAAUGGAGACAGAUGGUGAGAAAAUUGAAAAAUGAUAAUGCUCCAAGGCUCUCUCUGGUCACGUGCUUAAAGUCACCCAACGAGCGGGAGUAAGAAUUAUAUUAGAGGAGCAAGUGUGGUGUGGCAGAUCGCAAAGGAUUUUGGCAAGAUUGCAGGCAAACCAUCUCACAAUAGGACAGUCAUUGUACGCUGCAUAUGU